GCAGCUUGCGUUGCUACCAGUGUGUGGGGAUGUUCCAUGAAUGCGUCCAGUCGGAGCAGCUGUGUAUGCCCAGGGAUCGAUCCUGUUUCUCAUCCACCAUCAAACUUUUCUAUUCAAACAACUACAGUGGAGUGUUUAUGCUGCCAGACCUGGAAAUAGCUGAGUACGUAAUGAAGGGCUGCUCAGCAGAAGGCGUAUCCAACCGCACAGCCAACGUGUACUCAGAAGAUGAUCGGGAGGUGCACAACACCUACUAUUGUGACACGGAUCUCUGCAACAUCCGUUUCACUGGUGCUCCUUCUAGCAGCCCCCAGGUGGCCAACGGCAUGGAAUGUUACAGCUGCUUCGACCGUGGCACGGGCGACUGCACCGAGGGGAACGCCACCCGGAUCAAGUGCUUGGGAGACAUGAACCAGUGCAUGGAUUUUACUGUGAUUGACGGUGCUUGGAAAAUGACCUACCGGACGUGCGCCCUGGAGACGCUGUGCCGCCGGCAGUACAUGCUACCAGAGCUCUCCGGGAGGCUGGAGAUCAGCUGCUGUUCUACCCCACUGUGCAAUGACGGCCGGCCCGGGCUCAAGAGCAUCUGUAGCCACUUUUCAGAGCAAGGGAUCAAGCGGAAGCCCGAGAAUGGACUGGAAUGUGCCAGCUGCUGUGAGUCCGGACAGGGCGAGUGCGCCCCUGGAAAUUGGACUCACAUCAAGUGUGUUGGGGACCAGAACAUGUGUGUGAAUGUCACAGAGGGAGGCCAAACACUGCUGCGUGGCUGCAGCUUGGAGAAGCUCUGUUGGGAGAAGCCGCAGCUGCUGGGCCUGGACCGAGAUGCUUCUAUCCGAUGCUGCUCUGACUCCCUCUGCAACACCAGCGCGGAGCCACUGGGAGGCGCUGCACUGGGACGGCUGCUGUGGCCGACUGCAGCCCUGCUGAUUACGUGGCUGCUCUGA